AUGAGGGCUAAGAUUAGGGCUCUAGAACUAGUUCAAGGGAAUCACAAAGGCCAAUAUGCCAAUAUAUACGAUUAUUUACUUGAGUUAAGGAGAAGCAACCCUGGUACAACAACCAUCUGUAAAUUAGACUGUAGGCUAUUUCAGAGGCUUUAUAUAUGCCUUGAAGCAUGCAAGUCAGUGGCUUUUGCUGCAGUUGAGAGUGAAAACAAACAAUCAUGGUUUUGGUUCCUCGAGUUGUUACAGAGGGAUUUGGAGAUCGACAACUCCUACAAUAUAUGCUUCAUGUCUGACAAACAAAAGAUCAUUUUAGAAGCUAGAGAUAAACCUAUCCUAACGAUGUUGGAAAUAAUUAGAAGAAAAGUCAUAACUAGGUUGGUUUCUAUGAGAGAGGCUGCUGAGAAGUAUCCUGGACCUUUAUGUCCAAGGAUACAGAAGAAGUUGUUUGAAAUUGUUAGUCAGUUCAAUAAUAUAUGGCCGGUAUAUGCUGGAAAUGAGAAGUAUGAGGUAGACUGUGGAUUAGGCAACAAGCAUGUGGUUGACCUCCUCAACUCCUCCUUUACUUCUAUGAACCCUGAAACUUACGUCAAUACAUGUUAUACUGUCACUACCCAGUUGAAUAUUUACAGCCACUUGAUUAACCCUGUAAAAGGUCCUAUGCAAUGGGAACAUGUGAGGGACAUGGAACCCAUUCUUCCUCCCAUAAUUAGAAGGCCCCUAGGAAGACCCAAACAAACAAGGAGGAAGGAAGUAGGUGAAGAAAGAAAGAGUGGACCAAAAUUAAGCAAGAUAGGACAGCAAGCUAACUGCACCAAAUGUGGCAAACCGGGCCAUAAUACAAGGACUUGCAAAGGGAUUAUUGGGAGUAACCAAAUGGCAAGCCAAUCAUCGAGCCUACAAAUUUCGAACCAAGCCACUUCAAUGGAUAACACAUCAAGCCAACCACCCUUAACCCAACAAAGCCAACCACCCUUAACCCAACAAAGCUCAAACCUUACAGCAAAUUUUAGGGCCAAAUUACCUUUCAAAAGGAAAUUUGUUUUGUGA